AUGGUAAGCAAAAAAACAUUAGAAGCACAAAAAGCUUUUUAUAAUGAAGACGUAGAAAAAUCAAAAGAAGCACAUGAUUUUUAUCAUAACUUAGAUAAACAUGGAGAAGAUCAUAAUCUUGAUAGGGAUAAUUUAAAAACAAUAAUAUUUGGUAGUUUAGAUGGAAUUAUAACAAUGUUCGCCAUAGUUUCAGGAUGUGUAGGAGCAAAAAUUACACCUACACAAGUCAUAAUUAUAGGUAUCGGAAAUUUAUUUGCUAAUGCGAUUUCCAUGGGGUUUAGCGAAUAUACAAGUUCAUCAGCUCAAAGAGAUUUUAUGCUAGCUGAAAAAAAACGAGAAGAAUGGGAAAUAGAAAAUUGUCCAUCAGAAGAAAAACAAGAAAUGAUUGAUAUUUAUAUGAAUAAAUAUAAAUUUGAUAGUGAGGAUGCAAGAAAUUUAGUAGAAAUAGCUUUUAGAAAUAAAAAUUUUUUUCUUGAACAUAUGAUGUCAGAAGAAUUAGGUCUUAUUAUUACUAAUGAAGAUAAAAAUGAAUCUAUGAAAAAGGGAAUUAUUAUGUUUUUAAGUUUUUGUGUAUUUGGAUUAAUUCCUUUAUCUUCUUUUGUAGCUUAUAUAGUAUUUUUUGAAUAUACAGAUUAUAAUACUUCAUUUUUAGUUGUUUUUAUAUCAACAUUAAUAACUUUAUUUAUUUUGGGAUUAUUUAAGUCACAAUUUACGAAUCAAAAACCUCUUAAAUGUGCUUUUUGUAUGCUUUUGAAUGGAAUCAUUGCUGGAAUUGUUCCGUUUUUACUUGGAAUUUUACUUAAAAAUAAUAUCGCUGAUGUAUAA